AUGGUCAACUCACUUACGCGCAACGCGGGGCUCAAGCUCGGGCCGAUCAUCCUCGAGACACUCGUCAAGCACUACUUCGACCGGAUUGCGAAGGAUCACGAGUCGGAGGAGUCGACGAGGCUGAGGCGGGAAGAGCUGUUGUACGAUGAGGCGUUCAUCGUUAUCAAGUCAUUCAUGGAAGCCGCGACAAAGCACACGGUAGAAGAAUUGCAGGCCUUUUCGAACACGCGCACUCCAAGCCCGCCUUGGGUCCAUGCUGUUCGCCUUCUGGUGCCUAUGACAUGCUGUGACGAAGCUGCGACACAUCUGAUCAAAGCGCUGGGUGGCGAGGAGGUCACGAAGCGCGUUGUAGGCGGCACAAAGUGGUGGCAGGUGCGCGGGGUCAAAGGGGUGGAUGCAGAGUGGAUGGUCGCGAAGAAGGAUUAUCAGGAAGCCAAGAAAAAGCAGAAAGCGCGUGGGACGAGCGGGCCCGAACCUCCCGAGAACGGUGACGCGAACCAGGAGAUGCCUCCACAGUAUCAGCCGGAGAUGGACGAGAUGCGCUGCGUCUUAUACGCGCACGGCGGUGGUUACUACUUCGGCAGCCUUGAUCAAGAGAGGCUAGUUUCGCUAUAUUCUAUUCAGCGGCUUGCUCGAAAGAUUAACGGACGCGUAUUUGCCAUCAACUACCGUCUGGCACCCCAAUAUCCCUUCCCAUGCGCAAUACAAGAUUUCAUUGCCGCUUACCUGUACCUAAUCCAACCUCCUCCCGGCGCGCUCCAUACCCCCGUUUCUCCUUCGAGCAUCGUGUUCGCCGGCGACUCUGCCGGAGGCGGACUGUGCAUCGCAGGGCUGCAGGUGAUCCGAGAUUCCGGUUUGCCCAUGCCCGCGGGUGCCGUCCUGAUAUCACCGUGGUGCGACCUGACUCAUUCGUUCCCCAGUAUACACUUGAACACCGCUACGGACAUCAUCCCUCCGUACGGCCUGUCGUUCCACAAACCGAGCACGCUGUGGCCUCCACCUCCCGAUCACGUCACGACGCGAGUGCACCAGGGUCUCCGGGAGCGCGUGCGCGAAGCCGUGCGCCCGAAAGAUAAGGGCAAAGAGGACAGCGAUGAGGCGAAGCCCCGCGUCCCCUCCUCGGACCCUUUGACGCACCCUGGGGGGCUCCCAUCUCGCCCCCAGACGCCAGACUACACGCUUGACGACCCGUCCACGGGACGCAAGCUGCACCUGGGCGCAGCGCAGUCCCUUCCGACCGCCGUCACCCCGGACAGCGUGCGGAGCCAGAAGGUGGAGAUGACAACGGCGAAGGGCGAGAAGCUCGCUAUCGAUGGGCAGGUGCACAUGUACACGCCGAACUAUUUGUUGACGCAUCCGUUGGUGAGCCCGGUUGUAAGCUACCUCGGCGGGCUGCCGCCUUUGCUCGUCAGUGCGGGGGAUAAGGAGGUGCUGAGAGAUGAGAUCAUCUACUUCGCGCACAAGGCUGCGCAUCCGGAGAAGUAUCCUGUGAAGCCCGAGUCGAAGUUGCUGUACCCCGCACUAGAGGGGAUCGAGCAGCGAUACGGGCCGACUAAAGUUCACCUGCAAGUCUACGACGCAGAUUGCGCGCAUACGCUUCCGAUCUUGUUCGCUUUUACAACCCCGGGCAAGUAUUGCUUCCGUGCAAUGGCCACAUUCAUCAAGUACGUAACAGGCAUGCUCCCAAAGCCGAGCACGGAGGAACAAGCCUCGCUCAGCGGACCCUCUCACCUACCAACUGCCCGGUCUGAGCCUCUGGUGGCUGAUAAUAUCGCUAGUACAACGAGCUCUCCCUUACUUGCGAACAGCGUCGGCGCCUUGCAAUCCGGCCCUUCCGGAGCUCCUGUUGCGCCAGAGCGCAGAAAGUCGAAACGUCGCGCGUUCAGCACCAGCGUGUCGCGUGCAAGUAGCUUCCUGCGCCGUCGACACGCGACUUCGGAAGUCGAGGUUCCCCCUAUUCCAAGCAGCCCCCGUAGCCCACCUCAUGGGCACAGUUCAUCACAGUCAUCAGAUGUCGGUGGCCCGCGAUGGCAGUUCCACAGGUCCAGCGCCGACCCUUUACAGCACUAUGCCGGCGAGGUGGACGUAUAUGACAACGGUCUGGAUACAAUGAUCCGCGAACGCAUCUCGACGCGAGGCGUCAUUCGCCCGCUCGAGCCCGAGUCUGAGCUGAGCGCCUUCCGUCUGCCCUCCGAACUCAUUGGCGAGAUCUCGGAGCUUGCCGUGCGACGGUAUAUGGACGGGACGAUCAAGUUUGGGAAGAAAUUCAAGAAGGCGACGACGGCGAUCGAGAAAGCGCGCACCCGUAACUUGGAGCGCGCGCGGCAGGACACGAUGAGGAAUAUGGUGCAGCUCCAAGCGUUCCUUCAGAGCGACAAAGAACAGGAGGGGACUGACGCUGGGGAGAAAGAGAAGGGUGUAGUGGGCGGACAGGCCGUGCAGGGCUUGGUGGCGUCAGGUAGCUGGCAGUGGGCGUGGGCGUUGGACAUGGACGAGAACCCACCGCCGAGCAGCAUCGUAUCGAGACGGGAUACCGAGGAGGCGAGACGGCUGGCGAAGAUUGCGGACCAUGCGGUGCUCACGGAGGACCAUACACUGAGCGGGAACAACCUCUGGCAGUUGAUCGUCAACUUCCUCACAACCACCCCUGAUCGCGACCAACACAAGCACCAUAAGCGCCAUGACCACAAGCACGAGCGUGAGGAGAAGCAGGAUACGACGGCUACUAACCCAGAUAGGCCCGUGGACGUCGAAGGUACUGCUCAGGCGAAGCCUGGAGAGAAAGCCGAGAGCACGUCGAGGCGGGAGAAGAUCGUGUCCAAGUUCGCGUGGCUGGCGGCUGAGAACAGGAAGUCGCAACGCGCGGCUGCGAAUGGUCAUGGCGAGCAGUAA